AUGCGCCUCAAAGUCCCGCCCGCGAUCGCUCAGUUCCAAAACACGCUCGAUAGAAAUACCGCGGCGCAGUGCUUCAAGCUGUUGAACAAGUAUCGUCCUGAGACCAAAGUGCAGAAGAAAGAGAGACUGCAUCAGGAGGCGACCGCUGUGCAAGAGGGGAAGAAGAAGGAGGACGUGAGCAAGAAACCCUACACAGUCAAAUACGGCCUCAACCACGUUGUCGGCCUCAUCGAAGCCAAGAAGGCAUCCCUCGUUCUGAUCCCUAACGACGUCGACCCAAUCGAACUUGUUGUCUUCCUCCCUGCUCUCUGCCGAAAGAUGGGUAUCCCGUAUGCCAUCAUCAAGGGCAAAGCCCGUCUGGGAACUGUAGUUCACAAGAAGACUGCUGCUGUAUUGGCUCUCAGCGAGGUCAAGGGCGAGGACAAAUCGGAAUUGUCCAAGUUGGUGAACACGAUCAACGAGGGUUAUACCAGCAAGUACGAGGAGAAUAGGAGACAUUGGGGAGGUGGAAUUAUGGGUGUCAAGGCCGUGGCGAGGAUGGAGAAGAAGAGGAAGGCGAUUGAGAGUGCCAUCAAGAUCUAA